AUGGAUGAUAAAGAAGUAUCAAAGGAAGAUGCAAAAAAUUCCAGAAAAACCAGUUUGGCUUCAAAAGAGGUUGAGGCAAAGUCAAAGAAGGAAACUAGAGAAGAGAAAAAACAAAAAGAGGCAAAAGAAAAAGAAGAAGAUAAGCAAGCAUCUUUAAACAUAUCGUUAAAGAAAGCCAAGGCAGAACUGGAAACAGUAAAAAAGGAGAGUGAAGAAAGGGAGGCUAUGAUUAAAGAACUUAAGUUGAAAUUAUCAACAGAAACUGAAAGAUCUCAGCAGGAAAUCAUGAAAACAACGGAAGAAAUACAAUAUUAUCAAUUUCAAACAGACGGGGUAAAGAAACAAUUGGAAAUGGAGAAGAAUAUUUGGGAAGAAAGGUAUAAUAAUAUGAAGCAGGAAAAAGAAAAAUUAAUACAAGAAUUAAAGUCCAAAGAAGAAGCCAUGAACUUACAGGAUCAAAGAAUUGAAGAGGUUGCCCGCGAGAUGACGCUGAGUCUAGUUCGUUCGGGUUUACAGACGAACACGACUGCGACACGAGGAAAUGAACAAGAAAAAUUAGUGGAAUCGAGACAGAAGCUUGCUAAGCUACAUCUUCAGUAUGAGUACCGCAUGGAGAAGAUGAAAUCGUUCGUGAAACGCGAGUCAGAACGAUUCCAAGCAGACGCAAGACGAUUGGAAAGCGAGUUUAAAGUGACCUUGAAUAACAUUUAUAAAGAUACAAGCAUCAUAUUUCGUGCAUUGAACAGAUUUAAAGAAUGCGUUGCUGUGCUUUUUGACAGGGAAAAUCUGGUGGAUGCUGCACAUAAUAUUAGACAGCUCCCAAACUUGUUGGAAGAUUCCACCGCUACUGAUCCACAAAUAAAAUUAUUGAAAAUGGCAGGAGGUAUUACAGAGCAAAUGGUGCAAAUGGAAGUGAUGAUGUCACAAGCUCUGUUCAACAAAAGAAUUGAAAUGAAAGAUACUUCGGUUGCAAAGAAUUGUUUAGAGAAAGAUUUAGAGACACAGGAAGACCUUCUCAAAAAAGCCAGAGAAACGAGCAGUCUUCAAGCAGAGAAGUUGAGGCAAGCAAGAGAAGAGCUUUCGACAAAAGAAAUUGAGAUGCUUAAAAUGAAGCACAGCGAGUCGGACAAAUUGGUUGAGCUAAUGGAACGAAACAAGGAACUCGUGAGAGAAAAUCAAAUGUUGAACAAAGAAGUUUUUCAUCUCACAAAAGAAGUAAGCGAUGCAAUAAUGGAAAAGACUAAUCAGAAAGGAGCAAUAGAAAAAAUCAUUAGAGAAGGAAAAGAGAAAGAGAAACAACAAGAACUAAUGAUAAGUAGUUUGAAGGCGGAGAAUACGCGUAUUGUGAAUGAAACAAAUAUGUAUCUGAAGAAUAGCGAUAUGGUGCGAAAUAUCAAGUUAUUGAAUGACGCUUACGCAGCAAAAAAAAUUACAGAAGGAACACAUGCGGUGGCAAUGACAACGAUUGAGAAAACACUGGAUGUAUCAUCUGUAAAAUUUGUGUGUUUGGUCAAAAAAUACGUUCUCCAUAAAAGUUGCAAAAAAAUCUGCGAAGUAAUGAAGGAGCAUUACAAGAACAGUAAGAAACGUCGUAAGGUGGAAAUAUAUCUGAAAAACAUCGAAGAAAGAGCACAAGAGGUGAGGCUAGAACCCAACCCAGCUUUAAAUUAA